AAGGAUAAUUUUCUUUAUUUUUGUUACGCUAAAAAACAAGUUUUUAUGAAAAGAAGUUCUGGUCCAAGUCCAAUCGAAAUUGCAGCUGGAAACGACACCGGUCCGAGUUUCGGCCUCGUCGAGGUCUCCGGUGCGUGGCUUCUGUGUCAGGUAUUCGUGACCGACAUCAAUGGAGGAAGAGAAGGCCGCAGCGUACUACGACGAGCUCACCCGAAAGGGCGAAGGCGCUGCAAGAUUCAAACAGGGCUUGGGUUUCACCUCAAACUCCUCUCGAGACGCCGGCGAUGGCGUCCCCGCCAGAGGCUCCGCGGUUGCCUCGCCGUCUUCAUUCCUAAGCAGCUUCGUUAAGGCUUCGAGUCCUACAAAGGCCGCCGAGUUUCAGAAGCAAAAGCAGCUGGAGAACAUCCAAAACAAGCUCAAGAAAAAAUCCAGCUCUGAAGAGAAGCACUCUAGGGUUUCGGACAACAGGGAUUCGAGGCAUCGGCAUCGGUCGCCGAGUAGAGAAAGAGAGAGGGAUCGACAUUCGAGAAGAAGAAGUAGGAGCAGCGAUCGUCGUGAUAGAGAUGGAGCUCGAGACAGGGAUAGAACAAGAGAUAGAGAUAGAGAUAGAGAUAGAGAUAGGGACAGGUAUAGGGAGAGAGACAGAAGUGAGAAGAGAAGGAGGAGCAGAUCAAGGAGUGAUUCAGAUGACGAUCAUGGGCGGGGAAGGGGGAGAGCGAGGAGUCCGAGCUUGUCACCACGGCGGGCACACCGAUCAGACAAGAGUGGAGGUGAUGAGCGUAAAAAUGGAGGAAUGUCUAAGAUUGGCAAGGAGAGGAAUGGUGGGGUUGAUUACUCGCGGUUGAUCGAAGGGUAUGAUAAAAUGCCGCCUGCUGAAAGAGUCAAAGCCAGGAUGAAAUUUCAACUUUCUGAAACUGCUGAGAAGGAUAUGACAAUGGGCUCAGGAUGGGAAAGGUUUGAGUUCAACAAGGAUGCUCCACUUGAUGAUGAAGAAAUUGAAGCUGCUGAAGAUGAUGCAGCAGUAGUCAAGCACAUGGGCCAAAGCUUCCGGUUUUCUGCAGUGGAGGCUAGGAGGGAGCAAGAAAUUAAGGCUGCACAUGAUGAGGCCAUCUUUGGAGCAUCAGCACUGCCAUUAUCCAGUAUUACAGAGAGUGAACAGGAGCAGGAAAUUCACAAGAAAGAGAGCAAUGAAACCAGCCUUGUUUCAAGUCUCAUGAGUGACAAGGUACUUGCAAAGCAAAAGGGUUCUUGGCGUGAUCGUGCUCGCAAGGUGUAGAAUGGGUUGUUGAGCUCAAUUGCAUAUCUAUGUUGCACCAACAAGCUGAUGAGCAAAGUUGGCUACAUGCAGCAGGAAGGCACUGGAGGAUGCUUAUCUGUGUUAUGGCACAUGUUUCUGGUUCAGGCAUCUCUAUUGGAGUAAGGAAUGCGUUGAAGUUUAUGAGAAGAAAUUUCUAUGCCCCAGCAAACCUCACUAUUUGGCCUUUUGCUUAACCAUUUCGAUCAGAGAAAAGAUCCUUCACUGGAAGAUGCAUAUUGGAGGAUUGGAAACAACUUUUGGCAGAUCUUGGCAAGUAGUAUGGUGUGGUACAUCUGUACAGAUAUGGAUGCCAAGAGGAACUUUAUAUUUCUUAACACAAACAACCUCGAUUUUCGCCACACAUUUCUAUUUGGACUCUAAUAUUUGAAUAGGUUCAUCUGCUUUCUAGUUUGUACUAAAAAUUCAUUAGUCAGGAGAUUGAAUGAAAUGGAAUUUUGAAUUGAAGAGUAUGCAAAAA